CAACGGGUUCUUCUUUCGAUUGCAGACGUAAACAUCCAACACCACCACCAGACAAGUAUUUUAUUCACCACCAGACAAGUAUUUUAUUCAUUCCUUUUCACUGCAUCUCAAACAUCGCUGCAAACAGCUUCUUUCUCGUCAUCACUUCCCCAAAACACCCUUCAAUAAACACACAAACAUGUCUUCCCUUCACGUCUAUCUCCCAGCCCUCAAAGGGAUCGCCAUUGCUGGCAGCCUCAUCAACGGCGGUACCAUGACAUCAGGUUACCGUCUACUUCCCUCAAUCUACCCAACAAUCCAAAAGUCGCCCAAAGAUGCUGCAAAGCAAUGGGAGUACUUUUACUGGUCUAUGUCAGCGACCGUGCCAUGGGUUGACCUGACCACAAUUAUUGUGAUCGGCACUAUUGCCUACGGAGAGUACAAGGAAAACAGCUCUGCUUUGCCUUGGAAGAUCUGGGCUACUGCAGGAGGACUCAUGCCCCUCGGUUGGAUCUGGGUGCGAAAGGUGAUGCUUGGCCCGUCUUACAAGCUUCUGGCAAUUGCGGACUCUACGUCUACUGAGAAUGAGCCUUUAAAGGCCAGUGCGAAGAAUGUCUUGGACCUCAUGCAGGAGUUCAAUGCGCAAAUGGCUUUGAGGAUGAUGUUUCCGUGGGUCGUUGGUGGACUUGCGCUCUGGGCCACCUUGGGAUUUUAGAAGUAUGACCUCGAGGAGGAUUUUUUUUUGAAGAUAAUGAAUCGCGCGGAGCAUGGUACUUAUCUGUACGGCGACAGAAUGUUGGAGCACGAUGUCUGGAGAGCGAGUGAUAGCACGGCAGAACAUUUAGAGAGUUUGAGUUGCAAAUCACCACAGCCUGUUUCGUCUAUGAAUAAAAAUGCGGCAACGCUUUUAGCCGUUCUUGGUGCAA